GCCCGCGCUUGAUGGACAGCUGGGGAAGAAGAGGAGCGCGCGACUCGGGCGUGGUGGCUGUGGGUUUCGCAUUCGGCGCCCCCUUCAGCGCCCCUGUAACCUUAAUCCUUUCCCCGGCACUGGGGCCCGGCUCUGCGACAGAGGGGGAAGGGAAGGCCAGGCCUUGCGGGAGGCUAGUGCGUGCUCGUGCUCGUGGGCUGAACACGCGUGUGCGCGCCCGCUGGGCAUGGGUAGGCUCGCGUGAACUCAGGACGUGCACCGUGCACGGUCGCGGAACCUUGUGCGUGCCUGGUGCGCGUGCGCGGCGUGCGUGGGUCCGAGUUCAAGUAUGCGUUCACACGCGUGUGGAGCCAGGCUCGCGCGCGGUGUGUCCUCACCAAUGGCCAGUGGUGUUGGGGACUCUGCGUGUGCGGUUGUGCAUGGAUGCAAGGAGCUAUGCACAUGCAUAGGCUUGCAAACAUCACGCGUGUUUGCUUGUUUCUCUCGCUAGCCCCACUCUUUUUGCACACGGCAGGAGUUUGGGUCAGCCUGCCUUGGAUGCUUCAUUGUGUGUGCAUGCGCCAGGGAUUUUGUGCAUGUGAGCCUGUGUUCACCGGUCUGUCACGUGAUGCUGCUAUCUCAGGGCCCCAAUUCUUCCAGGAGAGGAAUAAGGAUGAGGGAGCACUGGGGAUCCGCGUGUACUCUAUGCUCCCAUGUUCCUGAGGGGAACAGCAGCGUGGGCAAAACCUCCUUCCUCUUAGGAUGGCGUCAGCCACAGAUUCGCGCUAUGGGCAGAAGGAGUCCUCCGAUCAGAACUUCGACUAUAUGUUCAAGAUCCUGAUCAUUGGGAACAGCAGCGUGGGCAAAACCUCCUUCCUCUUCCGCUAUGCUGAUGACUCCUUCACACCGGCCUUCGUCAGCACGGUUGGCAUAGACUUCAAGGUCAAAACCAUCUACCGCAAUGACAAGAGGAUCAAACUGCAGAUCUGGGACACAGCAGGGCAAGAGCGCUACCGCACCAUCACCACCGCCUAUUACCGGGGUGCCAUGGGCUUCAUCUUAAUGUAUGACAUCACCAACGAGGAGUCCUUCAACGCUGUGCAGGACUGGUCGACUCAGAUUAAAACUUACUCGUGGGACAAUGCCCAGGUGCUGCUGGUGGGGAACAAGUGUGACAUGGAGGACGAGCGAGUGGUGUCGUCGGAGCGUGGCCGGCAGCUUGCUGACCACCUGGGGUUUGAGUUUUUUGAGGCCAGCGCCAAGGACAACAUUAAUGUCAAGCAGACCUUUGAACGCCUGGUGGAUGUGAUCUGUGAGAAGAUGUCGGAGUCGCUGGAUACCGCUGACCCUGCGGUCACAGGCGCCAAGCAGGGCCCACAGCUCACCGACCAACAGGCACCUCCUCACCAGGAUUGUGCCUGCUGAGCCACACCCCCACCAGGGGCAAGCCCCCAUCCCAUCACCCUAUUUAUUAUUGUAGCUAUUUAUUUAUUUAUUUAUUUAUUUAUUUAUUGAGGACUUCCCUGGACACACCCCAUCCCACCCUGUACAUAACCCUACCCCUGCUCAGCUGUGGUGUGUUGUGCUCACUGCUUAAGACCUCUCCCUUUUAGUUUUGAAAACCACCCCAUCCAGCUGUCGUUGUAAAGAGGGGACCAGAUAUCACUUGGAAGCAGGCUGGCAGGCUGAUGGGAGGUGGCAAGUCCUGCCAGGGCCAAGGCUGGUGGAUUGUCAUGUGGGCCACUGGGUUGAUACAGGCUGGCAUCUUGCUUGCCUGGACCUUCUACCCCAUGGGAUGGGGGAUAUAGUCACUUUCACUACUUUGGGAUAUCCCCAAACCUGUUUUGACGUCAUGAGUGUCAAACGUGACCCCCCACUUCCUAGAAGUUAUGAACACUACACAGUUCAAUAAAGCGAAUGGACCUUG